UUCCAAGGCUAAAAUGCAGUUUUCCGAUUCUCGCAUUUUGUCAUAUUCGUAACGAAUCAUAAACGUCAAACUUUCGUUCGUUUCUCCCGCUUCGUCUUUAGCGACAGUUGUGCAAAAAGUACAAAAUUUUAUACAGAAAAUCUUGCACAAAUUAUAAUUUGGCAAGAAAAACCUAAAUUCUAUUAUUAAAAAUCGGUAAUUGUACUUCAGCCGAUUCAGAUGUUGUCUGAGGAAGAGGCGGCAAUGGACUACGAUGAGUUGACAUUGAAUCCAUUACUAGCAGAAAUUGAGGCCGAAACUGAUUUGGACUCGAAAAAAGAGAAACAACGCCGCUAUUGGACGCCAAAGGAAGAGCAACGCUUCUUUGAGAUUUGGGGACGUGAUAAUUGGCGUUUAACGCGUCACGGAAAGAAUACAAUUUUUUUUGCACAAUGGGCUGUUGAGUUGAAGGAGCGCUUUGAUAUAGAAGUGAAACCCGAGGAAAUACAAGCGAAAGUAAACCAGACGCGCGCGAAGUUCAGACAAGUUAAGAAGCAGAUAGCUGCUGAUAAAAAUGCUGUGCGUUGGAAAAAGUUUGCCAUUAUCGAUAAAAUUCUUAAGAAUCAAUAUCGCCCUAAAGACGCCGAACCUGUACCGAAAGAGGCAUUGGAGAAUAAUCGUGACAUCGAUUUAAGCGAAGUACCGUCGCCGCCCUCGCCACCACGUUCAGGACGACAGUCUUCACCSAAUAGUAUUACAUCGAGUUCCAACACGCAAGAAGCAACUAAUAAUGCUACGACUACGGAUAAUAACAACACUUCGGUAUCAUUGGAUGUACCGGCUAGCACAGAAGACAUAGAUAUCAAGAGUGAAUUUCUUACUGACUCCAGCAUCACGACUUCGCUGUUUAAUGCAAGCACUGAGCUUUUCAGCGAUCCAAUCGACGAGGUAAAAGCCGAAUACCCUAGCGAUUUUCACAGUUUUGGUAACUAUCCACAGCCAAAUCAUUUCGAAACACAGCCACCAACUCAAGAUGAUGACGAUGAGGAACCACAGCUGCACACUUUACAAACACCACAACAAUUGUUAGAAGAACAAAAGCAGAAACAACAACAACUACAGCAGCAGCAAUACCAACAGUAUACACCAGCUUCAUCGACGGCACCACCCCCGGACACCACAACAGCCACCAAUACGCAACUACUGCAAACUAGUUAUGAUCAUAGUAACACAUACGCCAAUCAAAACCAUUAUGCGGCGACACCUACACCAACACCGACGACAGCUACAUCAUCUACCGCUAAUCCAGCAUAUAAUAGUCAAUACGCCGGUAGUAAUAAUAACGCUACCAACAAUAGAACUAGUGGUGGUGGUGCCGCACCAAUGCAACCACCAACGUCGGGCCUGGGUCGCGGUGCACCCGGUCAACCUCGUCGACGGCGCACAUCGCACGCCAAUAACCUGCUAGCAGCUGCACAGCCUGGCGCCGAAUCCUUAGAAUCUAUGUACCUAAAUGAGGUGCGUAAAAAGAAUAUUUUACUWGCGGAGCAGUUGGAAAUCGCACGCAAGCGUAUGCAAUUGGAGGAGCGUAAAGUGAAUCUGUUGGAACGUUUCUUUCCACAAUGUUUGGAGAUGCAAGAGCAAAUACUUGGGAAACUCAAUAGCAAUACUUAAGGCGGUGUGAACGUGACAUUGUAAGGUAUUAUGUGAAGUGGAAAUGCAUGUGGAAGUUUUUCAAAUAAGUUAAAGAAUAAGUGGAAAUUGCAGCAAAUAAUAAAGAUGUGUUUAGUUCAAGUAAUUCAACGAGAAAUUCAACAGAAUUUCGCAUAAAAUCAUGUGAAAAUUGAGUUUAAAACAGCGCUACKUCGAAACGGUGAAUGUGAGUGUUGUAAAAAGUGCGACUCCCGCAUUUUGCUAAAUUAAUAAAAAAGUAAUUAUUUCUAAGAUGCUACUUUUAAUUUGGCCAUGCAAAAUACAGUUUAAUUUGUUUCUUAUUGUAAUCUUCUCUUUUUU